CUCUCUCUCUCAGUCUGCACAUCUCAGACUGUUCGUGACGCAGACUCUCUCGGCUCUGCGAGACAUUUUACAUGUGCCAUGGCAUCUCCACUGAAGUGUCUGGUGGAGGAUGAUAGCAGGUACCUGAAAUCCUUCCAGCUCUUCCUGGAGCGCUCCUCUGAGCAUCAGUGUAUGCAGGACUUCAUCCACAACACGCUGCCAGACAUACUCGCCAGCAUCGGAGGUGGAAAGUCCCAUCUGAAUGUCAUCGGAGUUGGAAGUGGAGCCGGUGAGAUUGACCUCCAGAUUCUCUCUGAGCUGCGAAAGAAGCACCCAGGGGUGACUGUGGAUAACGAGGUGGUGGAGCCCAGCAGCCAGCAGCUACAUAACUACAAAGUUUUAGUGUCACAGAAACCAGAGCUGGAUUUCAUCAAAUUCGCCUGGAACAAGAUGACUUCCUCUGAGUUUGAGGAGCACUGGAAAGUGAAGAAGAUGACAAAGAAAGCCGACUUCAUCCACAUGAUACAGAUGCUGUACUACGUGAAGGAUCCUGCAGCGACCAUCAACUUCUUCCAGAGUCUCCUCGACAAGAAUGGGAAGCUCAUCAUCAUCCUGGUCUCUGAGGUGAGUGGUUGGGGGAAGCUGUGGAGAACCUACAGGCACCAGCUCAGUUACUCAGAGAUCAGUCAGUGUGUGACCACUGGAGACAUCAAAAGCUCCCUGGACUCCAAGGGAGUGCGCUACCAGAACUACGAGCUGCCGUCUCAAAUGGAUAUCACAGAGUGUUUCACUGACGGGGAUGAGAAGGGGGAGCUGCUGCUGGACUUUCUCACCGAGGUGCUGGACUUCAGUAAGACGGCCUCGUCGGAGCUGAAGGCCGGAGUCCUGGAGCUGCUCCGACAUCCAGACUGCAGCACGGAGUCCAACGGCAGAGUUAUCUUUAAUAACACCCUGGGAGUGAUAGUCCUAGACCAGCUCUCCUGAAUACACUCUGUAAUGUGAACGUGAAAUUUGCACUGUGAUGAUAACAUCGUUUUAAACAAGAUGAUUUAAAAUGACACAUUUUUUACUCAACUGUAAUUAACAAGCUUUUAGCAUAUGUGUGAAACACCUUGUCUUGGAUUGUCUUGAAUUCACUGCACUAAAUGAAAUAUUUCAAGUUUAAUUUUAUAUGUUUUCUAAUACAACUUAUAUUUGGUUGAUAUGGUAAUAUUUAUUAAUUUUAUAUGAUUUUCUAUGCUUGAAUGAAUAUGGGCUAAGUGUUUGUCUCAUUAUCACGAUCCUCUCAAAUUCUCCAGCAAAGUGAAGAUCAGAGCUUUGGAUUCUUGCACCGUAUAAUUUGAAUGGGAGCAGACUGUGCUGCCAACACCAUUACACAGCUGCGCUCGUUGGAUCAUGAUAUGUUGGAAAUAUGAAAAUAAAUGGGAAAUUGAAAAUGC